AUGAUUAUUUCAGCAGAAUUUAAGCAGCGUUGCCGAAGUGUCAUUGAGCUGUUGGCAAAAGAACUGAUUGACCGAGCGACUGAUGAGCUGAUGAGCUAUUUUGAAGGGGAACUGACUCGACACUGCCUCAAUUUAAAACCGCUAGACUUGAGUGUAAACAGUGACACUGAAGUUGACAGACUAACUAAGCCUGUUGAUUUGUCAGUGAGCUGUGGCAAUUUUGUUGCCACUUUAGAUAAGAUAGUUGAUCAAAAAACGUCUGAACCUAUUUUUCCUAUCAAGCAAGAGCAGCUUGAUCAGGUGGUCAAUUUGCCAAAUAGUGUUGCUGAUGAAAAGAAAACUGAAACUCAAAAGGAAAAUGAAACUAAUUCAACCGAAUCUAAUGUCAGUCUAAAACGAAAUGCUGAAUCGACAACUACAAACAAAGACAACAACAAAAGCGACACUCCACCGGCUAAAAAGCCCAAAACAGAAAUUUCAACAAAACCAAUUUCUAAAACAAACUCAACCUCUUCAGCCCUAACAAAAAGCUCUGGCCCAUCAAAGGCUUCAUCUUCGAUAAAUUCGCUUUCAUCAAGCAAGUCUGAGGAAAGCAGCCACGACGAUGAUGACCACUACGAGUACGAUCGAUGGUCUACAAGCAACUUUCAUCGAAUCAAAGUAAUUGAAAUACAGUGCUACGUGAAAAACUGUCAAGUGAUGUGCAAAAGCAAGGCUGAGCAUGAAAAGCACCUGCAAAUUGAUCACAAAAACAGCUUUCUGCCAUUUAACUGCCUUGCAGAAGGCUGCAGCAAGUCAUUUGCUGACAAGCAACGCUGCCGCAAUGUCAUUGAGCGACUGGCCAAAGAGAUGAUUGACCAGGCCACCGUCCAGUUGACUGCCUACUUUGAAGUGGAACUGGCUCGACAACUCAAUUUAAUCGAUGCAAGUGCACACAGAUGUGAUUCGGAAGGAGGUGAUCAACACGAGACGCCCAUUGACUUGUCAGUGGGCGGUGGCCGGCAAGUGGUCAUCAAAAAUCAAGUCAGUGCUGCAGACUUACCAAGCGCACCUAAUUGCAAACAGGAGCCAGAAGAGCAGUCUGAUCAUCAGGAGGAUGAUGCGGCGGCAAGUUCAGUCAACACAACUGAUCAAACCAGAACUUCAGCUCUAACCAAUAAUGACCCAUCCGAUAAUGAUCCAUCCGAUAGUGACAAAUACGAAGAAUUAUCCAGUGGUGAUCUUGAAAAUGAAUUGUAUGAACAAAGCGAUUUUGAGGAAACAGAAGUAGCACCUUCGUUUUCUGAAAAUGACGAACAGGGUUCUGUAAGCGAUGAACAACCCGUUUCAAAUGCUGAAGACAAUGCUGUGCAGCAAGAAGAAGUCGUCUCAACAGGGCAAAAAAUCAACUUAAAACGAGCAGUUGUAGCUGUGAGCAACACUGAAAGUGAAAGUGACAACGAAAGUGACACUCCAUUAACCAAAAAACCAAAAACAGCAAUUGCUGCUAAACCAACGUCAGCAAUUUCAACUUCUUCUUCAACUCAACCAAAAAGAGCCUGCCCAUCUAAAACUGCCUCAUCUUCCACUGAAGUGCACUCAUCAUCAAAUAAAUCUGACGCCACUGGAAAUGAAAGUGGUAGCGAAACUGACACUCCCCCGGCUAAAAAGCCUAAAAUUGAAGCAAUUGCGACAAAACCAAUUUCAAAACAAACUCAUCAGCUUCAACUUCCUCUUCAACUACUAUCAA